AUGGCCAUGGCCAACUGCACAGACAUUGAAGAUGGGAGGAGGAAUACCCAAAAAGAAGAGACUCAAACUAGAGGCUGGAAUAAAUUAAAUCAUGAUAUUCUCGUAAAAAUAUUUCGAAAAUUAAGGGAUGAACACUUGCUUGUUGAUGUAUCGAUGGUUUGUUGUUCUUGGGAAAUUGCUUGUUGGGAUGUCUUGUUCUGGGAGGGUGAUUGCCAUCAACUGGAAUUAGGAUUGGGUUAUAAGAAAAGGUUAGGACGUCCCAUGGACUACUCGGAGAUGGAGAUCAGAGGGAUGAGGUUGGUGAAAAAUAUAAUGGAAGGUGAUAAAGCUUAUGCCACACCUAUGAAUAGUUGGGCUCAUUCUCUUCUCUGCCUUCUCUUAGAUAAUGAUUUUCCUGUUUCAGACAGAAUUCUUCUUUACAUUGCAGAGAGAACACCACAAAUGAGAACAAUUAUAUUCAGCAGAUCUCAGAGAAUAGCAAGAAGAGGCUUUUCCAGAGCGAUUAUCCACUGGAAACACAUCCAGUAUGCAAUUCUUGGUCCCAUUGCUGGUGGGUGCAAUCAAAAUAUUCUCAAAGAAAUGGGUAAAAACUGGAAUAUGCUUCAACACCUUUGCUUUCACAUUGAUGAUUUCAUGGUAGAUGAGCACAUCGCCAUUGCCAUUGGAAAGAGUUUUCCAAGACUCCAGACUCUCGAGUUCUUCCAUUGCUGCAUAGGUCAAGUGGGAAUAGCGAUUUUCGUAGGCAACUGUGGGGAACUCAGGCGUGUGAAAAUUGAAUGUUGUUGGUUGCUGGAAGCGGAAACCAGUAGUUCUAAAGGUGGAUUGAGGAAGAAGGCAGAACCUCGAGAUUUUGUUGAAUGGCCUAAUGAUCUUGUUCAAGUUCGAGUCUUGAUUGGGGAUUCAUAUCGAUAA